GGCGCAGACGACCGCGUUUUUUGCGUCGCUCACAUGUAUACGCGCAUUGUUUAUACGCCCGGUGAUGGAGCCCAGGCCCCCGAAAUCGGCAGUCCAUCGUGGCCCCCAAUCGUGAACUGGGGGCAACUGUCAACGGCUUUCUGCCGCAAGGGUGUCAUUGCUCAUCCAGCGCAGAAGGUGAACUCCAAAUGCCGUCGCAGCGGGAGAACACAUAUUCGAUGAUAACGGCGCCUCCGCACUUUUCCACCGCAAGUUUUGGGGAGAACAAGAGAAGGAAGAGGAAGGGGACGACCGCGACGCAGCACAGGGCACACACGUGAAAUCCGUGGCAAAAGGCGGCAAGGCAGCUAUCAGGCCCGGGUAUGGCUCGAAAGAGGCAGCCGUGCGAGGAGGAGGAGGAGGAGGAGGAGGAGGAGGAGGAGGAGAAGGAGGAGGAGGAGGAGGAGGAAGGACGAGGGGAGGAGCGCGACGAGUGGCCUGCAGGAGGCGGGGUCGGGCAGGAGGGGGAGCGAGGCGAGCACGUCCGACGACCUCGGCACACAGGCGGCGCGCGCUCCGCCAGCCCGGAGCGAGAGCAGGCCACACUUGGGGGAGGACUGCCACCUGUUGGGUCGGGCCUGUCCCCCGACAUGACGGGGGGACUCUGGGCGAAGAAAAAUUACGCAGACAGACUCCAGACAUACCCCAAAACGGCCAACAAAAUACGCACCACAUCUGCGCUCGCCAGCCCGGAGCGAGAGCAGGCCACACUUGGGGGAGGACUGCCACCUACUGCUGCUGCAAGAAGAAAGCCGCAUCCACGGCGGCCCAGCGCGGGGCACGGCUCUCAGUUCACUCGCGCCAGCUGGAGUGGCUGCGGCAAGACGUGCUGCGCACGUCCGAUCGGACGGCCGAGAGCAUCAUGCCCCACUCGCGGGGGCGGCAAUCCGCUAAAACACGGGAUACAGCACUGGCAGGCAUGCAGGAGGCGAGGGUGGAGGAGGCAGCGCAGGAGGCGAAGGGGGGCGAAUAUGCUCAGGCGUUUGUGUACUCGACGGGCCUGGGUUCCAAAUGGCACCGGCUCGCGUGAGAACACUGCAGACGUGCCUGUGGCACAGUGCACUCCUCGCUUCAGCGGACAUCUCCCCCCGCAGCCACGCCCAGCUAGGUAUGUCACGACGUCAGGCGACGGCCCAGGGCGGGAUGACAGACCCCCGCCCUGCGACUAGCUACGCAGUCUCGCCCUCACGACUGUGGCAAUGUACUCCCUGUAACAGCUGGUCGCGGCGCCCACCACUGCGAACCCGCCACUGCCGGUCAUUCCCCGUGCGGCGCUGCCGUCGCCCUGAGGCAUGCGGUCCAGCGUCGCGAAGUGCUGCUUGACCUGCAUCCUCACAAAUUUGCAGGGCCGCGUCUUGCGUCUAUUGAUCGCGUGCGGCAGGUGGCAGAAGUGGCAUUCGAGUCCGCUCGCGCAGCCCUUCUUCGACGCGUGGUAGGAGCACGGCACGCAUAUGCUGGCCGCGUGCUGCUCCUUGUCGCCCUCCGCGCGCUUCGCCUCCCCGUGCCCGACGACCUCACGCUCUUGCCCGCGUCCAGGGCUGCGGCUCGCAGCGUGAGAGCUGCCUGGCGCCAAGUCGGAGCAUCCACUGCUCCUGUACUGGCCGCCGUCGCGGAGCGCCACCCCGGAGCGGCGGCCACCGGCGGCGACCAAGACCAGGCCCGCGAGAGGCUCGUGGCCAGGGGCAUGCGAGCUGCAGCCAUCGACGCGCGCAGGGCAUCCCACGGCUGAGAUCCGAACAUCACCUUCGCUCCUGCUGCGCCUGAGCCCAGACAUGUCGUCCACUACCUCCAGGAAGCAGUUCUUGACGACCAGCAUGGUUCCGUCAGCCUGGCAAACGCCUCGCGGCCUGACAUCGCAAGCGCUGCGCAUGAAUCUGAUCGUGUGCCACACUCCCACCUGGGGUGGCGUGCAGCAGACUUCUUCGGCAGGCCGCUCACCUCUCUUGAUUUGGCAAAAAUGGCUAUGGACU